CUCUCUUUCGCGGUAAAGAUUGCAGCGCCCGCGAAGCAAUCUGGUGACUUAGCUUGUCUCCUGGAAAUAGGUGAGGAUUAAGGCAAGAGAAUAUGCGGACACUGCGGCCAGGCUGACAAUGGCAUUCAACAUGUGGCACGAUUCCGGGUCGAACCAGUCACGGCUAUGUUUGCACUCUUGACGCUCGCUCAGCUCCUUCCAUCGCCUCCAACACUGCAUCCACUAAAGUCCUCGUCUCGUCCUUACCAUCCAUGUUCCGGGAUUUCCUUAGACCCUGCUUCCAGCGAUCCCACUUCUCGCGUUCCCAACGCUCGACACCUUGACACGAUUCCAAAUCCAGUCAAUAUUGUAGACGAACCGGAGACACGCAGUCUGUCUGCAGCAGAAAAGUACAAUUUCCAGUUUCCUCAUCAGGCUCUUGUGGCCCACAAGUAUUUCGACAAGCCAGAAGGGCAUAUUGUGAAUGAACCGUCAAGGCCGAACAUGUCUGUUCAGCCCAGAAUGCUCUAAGAUUCUUUCAGCGCUCGACUUCACGCGGUGUGUUAGAAGGAUCUCUUGGCCCUGCGCAUGGUCUGCACAUUCCCAGGAUUUCCCGGUAAUAUCGAGGAGGAUGACUUACCAAAGCUGACUCUCUUCUGAGCGCAUGACAACCAGAACUUAGGCAAAUAUUUCCAAGGUAGUGUUGAAAUGGCUCUCCACAAUGUGAAUGCAGACUUGCUGCAUGGGUGUUUGCUUCAGUAUUCAUUAACACUUGUUUAUGUUUCCUUGUGCCCUUACUAGUUCGUCUCUGCCUGUUCCCACUAUCUCUUUUUGCAAUUUUUAGAUUCUCAUAACACUUAAAAUUUCUAAACCAGCUUUUGUUUUCUGAAUAUUCAUCUAUCCUUGCUCAGUAACGCUAAGAAUUGCAGUGCACCAUCGGGCCUGAUCAG